UUUUGUAGAUAUAAAUGGGAGAUCUAACCUAACAUUUUUUUAUGAUAUGAAAUUAACGGCAUGAUGUAAGGUUGUGAGGCAGUGACUAACGUUCCAAUAUACGAUGUCAAUUGAGAUGUGCCAACUGUCAAAACCAUGGAUGUCAUAAUCAGCUGUCUAUGUUUUGAUUUUAACAGUACAACAUUGCAGUUUUAAUUUAUACUUGUUUGGAGUGUGUUUUCGAUUAUUCCAUAGAAUUUUAAUUUUUUUUAUAUUACUUAAACCACUCCUUGCAUCAUGCACGGGCGUCUGAAAGUCAAAACUACAGAAGAACAGAAGGCUGAAAAAAAGAAAGAGCAGCAAAAGAAGCUGCUGGCAUACAGAGCUGGGAUGAAAAAGAUUUUAUCCACCAGGAAAAACUCGCCUUAUGACCCUGAAUCAUUUGCUAUAAGCAGCCAGCUUCUUGGACUUAACCCUGAUAUAUAUACACUGUGGAAUUACCGCAAAGAGGUGGUUUUAAUGGAACAAGAGAAUAGUACCAAGGAUGAACUUGAAGGAGAAGAAAAGCUUGCAGCAUUCCUGGACAAAGAAAUAUCUUUAACAGAGCACUGUUUACUAUCAAACCCAAAAUCUUAUGGUUCCUGGCACCACAGGUACUGGAUUUUGAUGCUCCAUCCAAAACCAAACUGGGACAAAGAGUUUAAUUUAUGCACUAAAUAUCUAACUUACGAUGAUAGAAACUUUCACUGCUGGGACUACCGUCGUCUUAUAACCAAUAAGAUAGGCAUAACAUUAUCAGCCGAAAUGAAAUUUUCCACCGAUAGAUUAAACAAUAAUUUUUCAAACUAUUCAUCAUGGCAUUAUAGGAGCACUUUAAGGAAAUUGGAUGAAAGUUGCAUAGAAGAGGAGCUGAAUUUGGUUCAGAGUGCUGUGUUUACUGAUCCUAUGGAUAGUUCUGCAUGGUUUUAUUUGAGAUGGGUACUAAGCCACCCGGUAUUGAGCGCAGAAAAGAGGCAAGAGGUUUUGGAGGCGUUUGAGCAGUUACAGGAACUGGAACCUGAUUGCAAAUGGAUACUUUUGGCAAAAUGUUGGCUUACAGGCAGCUUAGUAUUAAGUGAUAGUCAAUAUGUUGAUAAGAGGAUUCAGUUCUAUAAUGAGCUUAUUAAAUUGGACCCUAAAAGGAAGGGUCAGUACCAGGAUUAUUUGAAGAUAGCAGAAAGUAAGAUUAAAGUAAUGGCUGAAUCUUAGGAUGGACUAGAGUAUUUUCUUUAUAUUUUAUUAUUAUAUGAAUUUUAAUGAGUAUACUUUUAUAUUGUGAUAUAAUUUAUACAUUGCAAUACAUUAAGGGAUUAUCCAUAAAAAAUUGU